AUGGCUGUGACCCCCGUGACCUCGGCGUCAGCCAAGAAGGACGAGCGCGUGGCCGCCAAGGAGCCGGCGAGCGGCUCCACCGCCGGCAGCCGCCUCGAAGUCCGCUCCUGGGAGAAGCUGCACCCGCAUGGAGACGUCUACAGCCCGCGCACAGGCCACACAGUCACCAGCAAAGACGGAAGAGUGUAUGUUUUCGGCGGCACGGACCGUAGACGACGACAACAGGAUCUGUACCAGUUGGACUUGGAGUCGAGCACGUGGUCGCAGGUGCAGACGCGGGGCUCGCUGCCUCCAAGGCGCUCGGGAGCGCUUGGUGUUGUCCACGAGAGCGACAUGUUCAUCUUCGGGGGCUACGACGGCCGCGACGGCAACUACUUCAACGACCUGUACUACUUCAACUUCGAUGAACAGCGUUGGAACCAGAUGCCCAGUGUCGUGGAGGACCGACCGGAGGCCCGCACGGACCACAUCAUGGUGCUGCACUCGUCCAGUAUUUAUAUCUUCGGCGGCUACAACGGCUCGAGUCGGUUCAACGACCUCUGUGGAUAUGACAUCCACGCGCAGCGCUGGAGCCGAUUGCAGGCUACAGGCGCCGUCCCGUCCAGACGCUUCGGCCACAGCGGCGUCGUGCACGCAGACACCAACAGGCUCAUCGUGUUUGGAGGUUGGGACGGACGUGACACGUUGAACGACUUGUACGAGUAUAGCUUCGUCACGAACGAGUGGAGGAAGAUGGAGACGACGGGCAACAGCCCGCCGCACCGAUACCGCCACACAGCGGUGAUCUUCGGCGAUAACAUGUUCGUCUUCGGAGGCGUGGACAAGACGCACAGCCGCUUCAACGACCUGCAACGGCUCGACUUGGUCACCAAUACGUGGAGCGAGGUGUGCACGACGGGAAGCAUCCCUAGCAGUCGCACGUUCCACCGAGCUGUUGUCGUGGACAGCAAGAUGUAUUUGCUCGGCGGAUAUGACGGGACCGACAGAUUGCAGGAUCUCUACUCGAUCGAUAUUGGAGCUCUUACGCCGCCGUCGCUGCUAGACAUUUGUGCGGACUACGUUCGGACGAACCUGGAUACGGUACUAGAGAUGACAACGUUCAAGGGCGUUCCCCAGGACAUCAUCGACCACGUAGUCUUCAAGCGCGACCUCGAAGGACGACUCCGAGGAAAGUGCAAGCUCUGCCGACCAGGCCGGUGCUGCGUCUACCGUAUGCAAAAGAUGGAGCCGUGCCCACAGGACAAGCAGGAUCCGGCUCGAGCAAACGUCUUCGGCUGUGUUUGUGGCCACUCCACAUUCCACCACGAGGUGGUCGAGGAGUCAAAACUCUACGGAAAGAAGCCCAUUGGAUCGACAUCUACAAAAGUCUUGAUGCUGUGCGGGUCCAUUUACAAGCGUCUCUUCGACUCGACGUCUUCCAUGUCUUCAACUUCCUCGCUUCUUUCAUCUCCGCGCAGUCGAUACUCGGACGACAGCGCGAACAACGAGAAAGAGUGCUUAGCAUAGAUACAGUAGCAACACAAGACAGCAAAAGCCGGCUGGCUCACUGUGCGCACCGGGACGCAUAGAGGGCUAGCUUGAUCAACCAGAUCGCGCCCUGGAGCCUCUAACUAUUAUUCAAGUGCUGCAUUAGUAAGUU